UCUCCCUUGUUUAUGAUUCGAAAUGCAUAAUUUGUAUUUUGUUUUUCUUUAUCAAAUUUUUGCUUUUACAUGUGUAGUUUCCAGCACAUUACUUCUCAAGGAAACAAAAAAGACAGCAUGGUUAGUUUAUUUGCAAUUCUGCUGUUUUAUCUGAUUUCAGCAACAAAUUCGUUGCCUGAUGAUGGUCUCUGUUCCCAAGUUUAUCAAAUGCAUGAAUAUUGUACAAGACAGGUUCAUGGUACGUUACCUUCAAAUUCGCGACCAGACCAUGUUCAUGCAAGACGAGUUGGUAAAGCUGGGCCACGUGGACCACCAGGUGUUGUUAACUAUACAAAAAUAGAAAAAGAAAUGCAGAGGAAAUUUGACGAAAUGGAGAUUCGUUUUAAAACGAAGAUGAUCAACAUUGAAGAAAAAAUGUUAAACAAUACAUCUGAGAUAGCAAAAAAAUUUUCGGAAUUGAUUCGAGUUGCUGAAGAAUUAAGACCUCUAACUUUUUCCGAUUGCGGAAAAGUAACUAAAAAUGAUGCAAAAAUGUGGAAUGAAACCGGUGGAGUUUUCGAUAUUUAUCCAACUUACACAAAGCUUGAAGUUUUCUGUGAUCUAACAACUGACGGUGGUGGUUGGAUGAUAUUUCAACGACGGACAAGUGGCUCAACGGACUUUUACAGAACUUGGAAUGAAUACGUAAACGGAUUUGGGAACAAAGCUGAUGAAUAUUGGCUUGGCCUGAAGAAUCUUCAUCAUCUGACACGUGAUAAUGACUAUGAACUUCGUAUUGAUUUGGAAGAUUGGGAAGGAAACAAGAAAUAUGCAAAAUAUUCCAAUUUUAAAAUAGGAGGACCGAAAACGAAAUAUACACUUGCUGUUGCAGGAUACACUGGAGACGCGGGUGAUUCUUUGAGUGGUCACAACGGUCUAAGAUUUACGACCAAAGAUCAAGACAAUGAUUCAAAUUCUGCGAAUUGUGCAGUAUCUUUUAAAGGGGCAUGGUGGUACUCGAGCUGUCAUUCAAGCAAUUUGAAUGGUCAUUAUUUCAAAGGCGGAGUCCACAAAUCUUACGCAGAUGGUGUUGAAUGGUCUCCUUGGAAGGGACAGUAUUAUUCUCUCAAAAUUACAGAAAUGAAAAUUCGACCAAUAUAACAAUCAAUAACCCCUACAACAACAAACUUUAUAUUAACUUUUCGAUUACCCACUACAGCAGUUUGGCAUCACAUAGGUAAUUUUGUAUAGCUUAUCAGUUGAUAAUCUGGAAUUACUUAUAUAUUAUCAUUACCACUAUUAGCUCUGUCGUGGCAAUAAAAAUAUAAAUUGGUUAAAACAUGGACUAGUUUUUUGUUUUUGUUUUUUUUUUCUUUUCAAUUUGAAA